AUGACGGCUGGUGGAACCGGGCUCAAUAAUCGAGCGACACCCGUCACACCGAUCAGCACUUGCCAGGGUUUCGGGACAGGUGCGGGUGCCAUGCCAGCAUCUCUCGAGUCGCUGGACUCCCUGCAUGAGAGCUCACUGCAAGCAUCAUCGCAUUUACGAGACCGUGGACGACAGGUCCAAGAAGGGCUGCAGACAGAUCCAGGAGAUCAGGGAACUGAGCUCCAUCUAUCUGCUCUCGGCGGGAUCUAG